CAUUUCGUCGUGUAGUGAGCGCGCCAUCGUCGACGUGAAUUUCUCAGAUUCAUCAACACAAAUUUUGUUGUUUGUUUGUUGUUGUUUUUUCCACAACAGUGAUGAGUUCCGAACCGGAAUUUGUGGAUUAAAUCGACCCCCUCGUUUAACUUGGCCGCGUCAUCGUUGCAGUUGAUUUUUUUUUUUUUUUUUUUUUGUGCGUGUGUGUUUGUGGCCUUUCUGUGUGCGGAAUCCUACGCCCGGAAUUUUUAUAUUUCCCUCCUCGCCGAAAAAAAAAAAAAAAAUCAAAGUGGGGUGUCGGGAUUUUUGAUACAAACAGAAGAGAGCACAACAGAAGAUGAGCAAAUUGUACAUCGGAAAUCUGGCGGCGGAAGCGAACGAGGCGGCGCUGCGGCAACUGCUUCAAGAGAGCGGCGUCGGCAACGUUAGCUCCGUCCUGGUCAAACGGGGCGGCUAUGCCUUUAUCGAUUGCCCUGAACAGAGCACAGUCGAUCGCGCCAUCGAGAAACUCAAUGGACAAAUUUUUAUGGGUUCCACAUUGGUCGUUGAGCCUUCGGUUGCCGGUGGACGACGAAAUGUACUGUCGCGGACGCUGUAUCUGAGCAACGUGCCAGCCCAUGUGCGCUACGAGGAACUGGAGCGGCUCUUGACGCCGCUAGGAACGUUGCUCAAGUGUGAAAAGAUCAGCGGAGGUGCAAGCGGAGGAAGUGGAGACGCCCCGUCACCUCAAGCAGGCGGCUAUCAAACCAUUGAGGUUGUCUUUGAAACGCCCGAAGAAGCAGAAAACGCUUUAAAAGAACUGAGCGAAGUCGAAAUUGAAGGAUCACUGCUUCAAAUCGAAUCGGCAAUGGAGUCGAGACGCGGUAGCUCACGGGGAGGAGCUGGCGGAGGAGGAGGGGGCGGAGGAGGAGCUGGGGGUAGCGGAUCAGGACGAUCGCGCUCCGGACCUGGAUCGCAGACCAUGUCGUUUGGUGGCGGAGGCAAUCAAGGACCUCAAAGACAACCUGAUUUCCCCCUCAGAGUUCUGGUGGCCAGCGAAAUGGUGGGAGCCAUUAUCGGUCGUCAGGGUGGAACUAUUCGACAGAUUACGCAGCAAACAAGAGCUCGGGUGGACGUUCAUCGAAAAGAGAAUGUCGGCUCGUUGGAAAAGGCCAUCACCAUUUACGGCAAUCCAGAGAACUGCACCAACGCUUGUCGUCGCAUCCUAGAAGUGAUGCAACAGGAAGCCGAUAACACCAACAAAGGGGAAGUCUCGUUGAAAAUCCUGGCGCACAAUAACCUGAUCGGACGGAUAAUCGGUAAAGGAGGCAGCACUAUCAAGCGAGUUAUGCUUGAGACGGAAACCAAAAUCACCGUAUCCAGUUUGAACGAUGUGAGCAGUUUUAAUAUGGAACGCGUCAUUACGAUUAAAGGAAGCAUUGAAAACAUGUCGAGAGCCGAAGGAAUGAUUAGCGCCAAACUACGUCAAAGCUACGAGAGCGAUCUGCAAGCCAUGGCUCCUCAAAGUAUGAUGUUCCCCGGUCUACAUCCGAUGGCCAUGAUGUCGACGGUUGGCAUGGGAUUCUCUCCCUCAGUGAGGGGUACGCCACCCGCCGCCGCUGCCGGUAUGUACCACCCCGGAGCACCCGGAGCGGCGCCCUACGCACAAGGAGGACCAGCCGGUGUAGGCGUCGGAGCAGGAGGUGUCUACCCACCCGGCCUGGUGCCGCCUACUGGUUCCCAACAGGAGACGAGUUUCCUCUACAUCCCCAACAGUGCAGUUGGUGCCAUCAUUGGAACGCGCGGUUCUCACAUCCGGAACAUCAUUCGAUUUUCGGGUGCUUCUGUAAAAAUUACUUCUCUGCCGGAAGGCACGACUGCGGAACCGCAAGCAGAAAGGAAAGUCACCAUUGUCGGUACGCCGGAAGCCCAGUGGAAGGCGCAGUACCUCAUUUUUGAAAAAAUGCGCGAAGAAGGAUUCAUGCCGGCCGGUGAGGACGUCCGGUUAACAGUGGAGCUAUUGGUGCCGUCGAGCCAAGUUGGCCGGAUUAUUGGCAAAGGGGGUCAGAAUGUCCGCGAAAUGCAGCGGACUACGUCGUCGGUCAUCAAAUUGCCGGAACAAGGUGCAUCGACCGGCGAAGAAACGACCGUCCACAUCAUCGGCAACUUUUUUGCCGUCCAGUCGGCCCAGCGGCGCAUCCGAGCGAUGAUGAGCCAGCAGCAACAGCCACUACAGCAACCAGGUGCUCCCAUGACCAUGGCCUCCGCCGCUUCCGGCGGCAGAAUGAGGACAGGCGGCAGUGGUGGUGGGGUCAGUGGCGGCCAAAGCCGCGCCAGAGAGCAAUAGACUGUGACUCGCCCUAUUAUUUUUAUUAUUAUUAUUUUUUUUUUUUUUUUCUUUCUCUUUCUAUCUCUAUCUCUCAAUUCAAAAAUGGGAAAAUGAACGACGGCAAAGAGCUCCACCUGUGCUUCUAUCCGUGUGCCUUUUUCUCUCUCUAUCUCUCUCUCUCUUUCUUUUUUGAAAAUCCUCCCCCCCCCCUAUUUCGCUUAGCGCUAUUGCGUGCUAUUGUGUCGCAAUUGACCAUCGUAAGAGAGAACCCUUCUCUGGAAGAGGAAGAAAACAAGUGAAAUGUGUGUGUGUGUGUAGGAAACGUUCUUCGAGUGCGUCAGCCAACCGAAACAAUCAAAGAAGAAGAAGAAGAAGAUGAAAAAACAUGGAAGAAAACUCCACUAGUUUUGGAUGCAUACCGACGUUUGGAUUUUCUUUGCCUUGGCGCCAACUACACCUCCCCCCCCCCACCCCCCUAGUCACGUUUUGCCUUGCAUCAGUCCCCCUAUACUUUGCGCGGAACGUGAAAGAGAGACGGAUGAAGCCACAAGAAGCUUCGCAAUCAGUUUUGCUGGGCCGUUGUCUUUAAAUAUUUUUUUUUUGUUUUUUGUUUUUUUUUCUUCUUCAAAAUACGUUUUGGGCUUUAUAUUUUGAUUUUACACACCACACACACAAGUGCGCGAGGUCGUACGUAGAUCAACAUCGGAAAUGAACCUCUUUGUCUUUUUUUUCUAAAAGAAAACACCACAAGUGAAGUGUUUUCUGGACUUGGGGGGAGGGAGCUCAUUAACGGCCCGACGAACCAGCAUCUGUCAACAAUUUGUUCAGGGAUUUUUUAUAUAUAUAAUAGAGCAAACAUGAAAGAGAAUCGGAAGGUAAUCUUUCGUUUUUUUUGUUUGUUUUUUUUAGUUUUCUUUGGGAGGGGUUCUCAUUUUUUUGAAGAGUUAAGUAGAAGAAGAAGAAACAAAAAUGGCCUGCAUCGAAAACAAUUGCGCCAAUUGUGUUUGGCUUUUAGUGCGUGUGCGUGCGUGCGUGUUUUGCGAGUGUGUGUGUGUGUCAGCGUCUGCCUGCCCCAAGUGAAAGACUGUUGGGUCUUUUUUGAACUAUUAUACAUACGAGUGUGUGUCUAGACAUAACGUGUUUGUUCUUGUUGUUGAUGACUGCGUUCGUGUUUUGUUAGGCUGGUGGAAUUCUGCUGUGUCUUUUAGUUUUUCUAGCUUUUUUUUUUUUUUUUUUUCAUUUUUAUUAUUAUUUCUUCUUCUUUCGUGUGUGUGUGUGUGUGUGUGUGUGAGGGUCGGGGGAGGAGGCGCUUUUUUCAGUACAAAAUGGGCACACUUUGUGUGCGUUUCUCUAUUUCUUUCCUCCCUCCCUUGUUUUUUUUGUUGUUUUUUUUUUGAAAAUUGAGACGGGCCCUAGUUACGCAUGCACAUCCGGACGAGCCCGUCGAAAAUCGGGUUAUCGCUCAACAGCGUCUGCGUCUCAGGGAUGUCUCUAUUUUUUAUUUUCGUUAUCUUCCUCCCUUGUUUUUGUUUUCUUUCUUUAACUUGUUGUCUUUUCUUUUAAAUGUUGGGCUCCUUUCCCAUGGCCUUUUUUUUUUUUUUUCAAAUUCUUUUCUUCUUUCAAAAUAUUUCAUAGUUCAAUCUUCUGAAAUGUGAAGUGUAAAACAUUUGAUUCCCCCCCCCCCGCUGCCCUUUCUGUUUUCUUUUCAUCAUCUGAUGCGCCUGUGUGUGUGUGUGUGUGUCGCGUUGCGCCAAUUACGCCACCUCCACCUCGUAUCUCUCCGUGUGUUUUGUCAAGAGUUAUCAAGAGCUAUUUUUGAUACGGAAAAUGUUCAACGGCUAUUUGCGCAAAGAGAAGAAUCAUUAUUGCACCAUUGAAGAGACCGGGCCAUUCAUUUGGGGGGACCAGUUCGCUGUCUUUGCUCUUUUAUUAUUUUUUUUUUUUUGUUCUCUCUUUUGAUUUCUACCUGUGUCCAUACGCUUUUUGCGGAUUUUGAAAGAAAAGAAAACGGCCACCAAAACUGAACCCUUCCCUUUUGAAAUUCAAAUUAGCCGCUCACUGUGUAAACAAAAAAGAGCAAAUGUUUAGUGGCUCUUCUUUUCAUAUCUUUUUUUUUAUUAUUAUUAUUGUUUUCAAUUGAAUUUCCCCCCGCUUCUUUCGAUCCGAUUUGUGGCACUUUAACAUCUAAGAAAAAGAUUUGUUUUUUUGUUUUUUUUUCUAUUUGUACAAUUAUGACCAUCCGCCUGCCUCUUGCCGCCGUGGGAUUUUCAAAAAUUCUGCCCUCCGCAACCCGAAAACUCAACAAAACGCACCGCGAUCAGUUUUUUUUUUUUUGGAACCAUCAUGAAAUUGAAACAAAUAUUGGGACAAGAAAAAAAAAAUGCCACACAACAACUGCUCUUUAAAAACAAAACACAAUGACAAGAAACAAACAGAAAAAAAAAAACAAACAAACAAAACAAACAACAAUAUUUUGAAAUGAAAGAGAGAUCGAUCUGUCCCCGGCUCUUCCUCCUCCCCUCUUGCCGUUUGGAGGUGUGCGCAAAAAAAAUGGAAGCUUUGUGUCGACGAAGAAGAAGAAAAAAAAAAUUUGAAAUGUGACAAUGAAGGAAGAUGACGUCAACUACCUCAUUUCAGCAACUGUCGGUGGCUGACCUACGGAUAAUUGUUGAAUUGCAUUUGUAUUGAACCUCCUCUUUCUGUCUCUCUCUCUCUCUCUCUCUCUGAGCCCCUUUCCUCUUUUUUCUUUUUUUUUCAUCAUUCUUUGAUCGCAUAUGUUAUUUCUUUUUGUUUCCCCCCUACUCCCUCAACUCCUACACCCGCCGAUAAAGUCUAGACUUACCAACGAUGAAAGGUCAGGAUCCCAGUGACUAUGCCGACCUCCUACACUUUAUAAAGCUAUCCCCACACCUUUCCCCUCCAAAACGUCCCGACGACAACGAGAUAGUUUAACUCACAGAAAUUUCAAGCACUGCCGAUGAUUCCCAAUGUCGAAAUUCGAAAAAAAACAAACAAAAAGAAAGCAUUUCAUUGAAACUUGCGAAUGAGAGAAUUUUCAUCGUGACUCCCGAAAAAAAGAAAUCCGCCACCGCCCGAACAUGUCGAAUCCGAUCCCCAACUGAAAAAAAAAGGGAUUGCGUUGUUUUUUUGUUUUUUUUUUUUCUUAAGGAAAACAAAAAAAAAAAAAAAGUGUACAAGCAAUCGAUAGACAAAACAAUUAGAGAAAACAAAUCGCGCCCUGAAAUCGUUUGGAAUUUUUCCUUCCAAUUUCUCCCAAUGAUCGCACAUUAAUGGGCAUUUAGCUUUUGUGUGUUUUUUUUUUUUUUUUUUAGUUUUGAUUUUUACCCCAUCGACCGGAUUACAAAAAAAAAAAAUUUGAAAAAAAAAAAAAAAUUAUCCGAGAAUUUAAUAAUCGCUGACAUUUAGAAACAUGGAAUCGAUCGAUAAAAACAGCGAAAAAAACGCAAACCCGUAGUUUAUAAAUUUUUUUUUUUUUUUUUUUUUUUUUGGUAGUGUAUUUAUUUCGAAUACCUUUUUAUAGUUACCCCCCCCCCCCACUCCCAGAUUUUUUUUUUUUUUUCAAUCUGCAAAAUCUUUAAAAAAAAAAAAAAAUUGGUUCUAUUUCCGUUUUGUCCUACAAAAAGAUAGAAUAACGUCGAAUGUGUUUGUUCUUUCUUUUGCAAGGAGAACGACAAACAACCCCGCUCCCCUUUAAAAAGAAAAAAAAUUAGUUUCAAAUUAAUCGAAAUUGGUUGGUUAACUCCCUUUUGUUUUUAAUUCGUUCUCCUUUAUAAUUGGCUCAUACCGCCCCGUAUCUAACUCGUCGCUUCAUGAAAAAAUUUUUUUUUUUUAAACAACCAUCUGUUUAGUUCCCAUUUUUAUAGACUUCCCACUUCCUUUCGGUAAAUAGUCUGUCACACAAAAUAGCACCUUAAAAAAAAUUCGCAUUUUUUUUUUUUUGUCUUGUUUAAUAGACCCGCUUUUGUCGCCUCCCGUCUCGUCCUCAGAUCGAAUUGACAGCAAACAAAAAAAAAACAAACAAAAAAAAACAAAAACAAAAGACAAUAGCAAAGAGAAUCCUCCGUGUGUUAGGGCACCACCUGCCAUCUUUCCUUUCAUCGUCUACCCAAAAUAUCCCUCUAAAAAACCUUUUGAUUUCAUCUAUAAUUUUUUUUUUUUGUUUACGUCCAAAUGUUGUGUGCAAUGCGUCGUCAUGGUAACCCCUUCUUUUUAUUUUUAUUUUUUUUUAAUUAGCAAAAGAGAGAAAGCCGAAAAUAGUUUCCGUAAUAUGCUUGAAAUGUCGGAUGUGCUCCCCGUCUUUCGCCGUUUUUAUCGGAAUCAGCCUCACACAAUACUACUCUCCAAAUCAACGUUUUAAACACAAAGACAAACGCAAAAAAACCUCCUCGAUUUCAAACAGAACUACCUCAACGUUCCAUCAAUUCCUCCCGCAACUCCCCCCACGCAAACCUCAACUCCCUCCCCUCCGCAACUCUUGAAAAAAGAAUAAAGAAUAAAUAAAAAAAAAAAAAUAAAAUAAGAACUCGGAUGCUGCCGUCAAUGCAAAUUUUUUAACCGAAAUUUUUCUUGUUUUGUUUUUUCGUGUAGAAAACGAAAUAAUUAAAAAAACAAACCGCAACUCAAAACAAUCCAUUACCGGUAUUGAUCACAGUCGAAGGCGUUAGCGCGUAAAUGUUUCGUGGUAGAGGGUAAGCAUUAGUUUGUUGUUGUUUUAUUAUUAUUAUUAUUUUUUUUUGUUUUGUUUUGAUUCAUUAAAUGACGAGGAGAUGAAUGAAAUAUGAAGACACACGUCCGAUGUACCUGACGUUGAAAUGUAGCGCGCGCACGUCCUUCCUCUCUCAUCAUUCCCGGCCCCACCCCGAAUACAACACCGAAUUCCCGCCCGCAACUCUCUCUCUCUCUUUCUCUCUCUCUCUCUCUCUGUCCGCAUACUUUCUCUGCUAAAUGUUCCACACGUUUUAAAAGAAAACAAAACAAACAAAAAAAAAAACUGUAAAAUUGAAAGGAAGAAGAAAAUCAUCAACGAAAAAAAACAAAAAAACAAUUCAUUCAUAUUACAGCGUUUUUUUUUUGUGUUUUUGUUUUGAAACAUAACAGAACAUUUUGACGGUGUACAGUAAAACAAAAUUAAAGCGACAAAUGAAAAAAAUAUUUCAUGAUGCAAAUCACGCAUGAUUGGUUCUUCUUUUUUUUUUUUUCAUCCCUCACCUCACUUGCAAUUCGCGUAACAAAAAAAAAACAAAACAAUUUCACUUUUAAUUGGUACACUUUGAUCGUCUUUUGGACACGUUUAAAAUUGACAUCCUCCACUUUUUUUCUUUUGGUUUUGAUCUUCUUAUUUUUAUUUCCUUCCUCAUUUGGAUUUCUUUUUUUUUUUUCCUAUAUGUUAACUGGAUUUGACAUUUGUCCCUCAACCUCUCCCACCUAGCGCCUCCAAAUUUUUUUUUUUUUUUAUUUGUUCGUCUCCCUUUAAAAUAAAAAAAAAAUGCCAUUAAACAAAAAAAAAAGAAGAAAUAAAAAAAAAAAUAAAAUAAAAUAAAGUCUGUGGUAGCAGUCGAAGAAUGUUCUCCACCCCUCUUCCUUCCUCCCCCACAACAAACAAAACAGAAAGACCUGGACAUUUGGUUCAGACCCAAAGCUCCCGCCCCCCAUCAAACAGAAUAAACACAAAACAGAAAGAGAAACAAAAAAAUUCAUAGCAAAAAGAGAAAAAAAAACAAAACAAAACAAAACAAACAAAUUGAUAGAUAUGAAGAUCUUAAAAAAGAAAAAAAGAAAAAAAAAAGAAAUUUUGAAUCCACGAGAGGUUUUAGAGCAUCGGCGGUUUGCAUGGCGCUCCGCCCAUCGUGAGUGGCAUUUUUCAUUUUCUUUUUUUUUUUUUUUUUUCUUUUUGAUAAUCAUUGGUAUAUAUUCUUUGUUUUUUGUUUUGAUUUUUUUUUUUGGGGGGUUUUUGCUAGUGACGUGUGUGUUGGAAAUAUUUUUUUUCUUUUCUCCUUCUCUCCGCGUGUGGUGUGUGUGUGUCGCGUGUGCCCCCUAUGGGUGGCCUCCCGCUAGCGUGUUGUAUAUUUACAAAAUAUGAAGACACAAGCCCUUUCGCUACACGCGCCCCUCCCGGUCCCGCCCCUCCCCCCGAAUGAUUUCUUCAGUGCGUCCCUUUUUUUUUUUGUGAUGGUUUUCGAGAAAAAAAAAAAGGGCGUUUGAGAAACAAAAUUGGACGAAGAAGAGCAAAAAGAAAAACAUAAAAAAAAAAAAUAUCUAAAAUGCCAAUUCCUCUUCUCCAAACAAAACACAAAAAAAAAACGGAAGAUAAAGAAAGAAAAAAUUAUUACAAAUAUGACGUCAUUUGUUUGUGUGCGUCUUCUCCAUCAGUUUGAUGAUUCAUGUGGUCUAUGUGUGUGUGCGUUGUCAUUCUCCUAUCUACCAUGAGAUUAAAUUAUUCUAAUAAAAAUACUGCCUAUUUUUGUUUCAUU